AUGUGUAAUCCUAACACCACACCACCCUCCACCGUCUCAUUGAAGCCCUCCGAUCACCUCCCACCAUCACCACCCCCGGCACAGUCCCAUUUCUACCUCGAUCUCAUUUCAUUACCUGUAACCAAAACCCAUUUUCAAACCUCAAAAUCAGACCCCCAAUACCAUAAAAACAACAUCCUCCUCCUUCCUACACCUUCUGAAAUCUUCCAUGAAACCAAAGCUCUGUUCAAGCUUUCUUCUCCGAUUGCUUUAACUGCUCUGAUUCUCUACACGCGUUCCAUCAUCUCUAUACUGUUCCUCGGUCAUCUAGGUGAAACGGAGUUAGCCGCCGGCUCGUUAGCCAUAGCUUUCGCUAACAUUACCGGCUACUCUGUCUUAUCCGGCUUGGCUCUUGGCAUGGAGCCGCUUUGUUCUCAGGCGUUUGGGGCUCGCCGGCUGAAGGUUUUAUCAGUCACCUUACACCGAACGGUUAUUUUCCUUCUGGUUGUUUGUUUUCCGAUAGCAGUCUUGUGGCUAAAUACGUCACGGAUUUUGAUUUAUUUACAUCAAGACCAUAACAUCGCACGUGUGGCUCGCACGUAUCUGGUUUUCACUCUUCCCGAUUUGGUAUCCAAUUCCUUCAUUCACCCGACCCGCAUUUACCUUCGGACUCAAGGCAUCACCUUUCCCUUAACUAUCGCUUCCUUGAUUGGCACGCUUCUACAAUUACCAAUGAACUAUCUCCUUGUUUUCCGAUUCCGUCUCGGUGUUGUUGGAAUCGCAACAGCAUCCUCACUUUCCAAUUUCGUUGUGUUGGUGGCGGUUGUUUCCUACGUAUGGUGGACCGGGUUGCAUCUGCCAACCUGGUCCACUCCGACCCGGAAAUGUUUAUCCGGGUGGGGGCCACUGGUUCGCUUGGCCGCACCGAGCUGUGUCUCGGUCUGCCUCGAGUGGUGGUGGUACGAGAUUAUCAUUGUACUCUGCGGGCUUUUAGUUGACCCGAACGCAACAAUCGCUUCAAUGGGCAUUUUAAUCCAAACGACUUCGUUAAUAUAUGUGUUCCCGUCUUCUCUUAGUUUUGCAGUUUCGACCCGAGUUGGAAACGAACUCGGGGCGAAUCGGCCUGAUAAGGCCCGAGUCUCAGCUAUGGUGUCAAUAUUUUUUGCGGGCAUAAUGGGGUUAUCUGCAAUGCUAUUUGCAACAUCAAUGAGGGAAAAGUGGGGUCAAAUGUUUACAAAUGAUGCAAAUAUCUUAAGGUUAACAUCCGCGGCCCUACCAAUUAUUGGAUUGUGUGAAUUGGGAAACUGUCCCCAGACAGUUGGCUGUGGUGUUGUACGCGGUACAGCCCGACCAACUACUGCAGCCAACGUAAACCUGGGUGCUUUUUAUUUUGUUGGAAUGCCAAUUGCAGUGGGUCUUGGGUUUGGGCUUGGAGUUGGGUUUAUUGGGUUUUGGGUCGGGUUACUUUCGGCCCAGGUUUGUUGUGCCGGGCUGAUGUUAUAUGUGGUAGGGACAACAGAUUGGGAGCAUCAAGCAAAGAAAGCGGAGAUGUUAACAUGCAACGGAGGUCGAGGUGGGGAUCCACCUUUAAGUUCGUCGGAUAGUGACAUUGAAAGCCAACCGUUGAUGUGCAUAACAAAGACACCGUCGUGA